UUGGAAUUCUUACAAUCAUGUACCUACGAGAUUUGUCAUAACCUCACCGUAAUAAUCAAAUCAGUAUUACUGUACGCGGAUCGAUGUAUAAUACGAUAAAAUGGUGUGAACGGGUUUAAACCUCGGUAACACAGAGUCUACAGAGUCCUUCACAGGGUCGCAAAAGCUGGGGAUGGUCGUUUUUUCGCCAAAAUAUCGAGAGGUAUCCCCCCGUUGGGAACUUUUUUCAUUUACCRGGAAGCAAAUUCCAAAGGAUGGGACUUCCAAUAAUCUUACCCUUGAGAUUGAAUGGUCUAUUGGUAGAUAUGAUCUGUUUGAUCAUUUCAAAUAUUUUAAUAUUAUACCAAAAAUGAUAUACAUUAAAUUCAAACAAUUUAGUGAUGACUAUUUGUUUACAGAAAAUAAAAAUAAAUAUAUACAUGAUAUUUUCAAAUACACAAAUUUUUAUGAAUGUGUGUCAUAUGAUAAAGAUAAACAGAAUCCAGAAUUUGCUAAACUAAUGCAUGAAACAAUAACAAAUAUGUUGAUAUGUGCAAAAUUCAAUAUUGUAUAUCAACAUAUAGACAUAUUUUAUAAUGAAAAAGAUKUAUURWCAGAAGAUUGA